GGUCACAACACAGAAAUAACAUAAUAAAAUAUUUACCCAGAAUAAAGGGAUUCAUUACUUAAGCUGAAGAAAUGAGGAUGUAGUAUCGUUAAUUGAACGAUAACUAUUAAUAAAUUUGGGGAAACACUGCUUCAUAACAGCUCUCUGCAACUUAGGAACAAGAUACAACGGAAACAGAAAUGGAAAGUGGUGGGUGUGAUGAAGUUCUACCAGAGGAUCAAACGAACAGGCAGGAAGACGGUCCGGGUGAAUUCACUGAGCCUAAAGAGGGGGAAUCGAUGGAGCUUUCAGACAAUUAUGACAGAGACAUCGAUCAUGCUGGGACCAGUGGAUCGAUUCAUUUGGACAAUUCUGAAAUAAACAACAGGUGGACACCUGUUAUACCACAACACACUCUCCAGCUGGAGAUCAGUGGCACGGAGUCAGAAAGUGGAGUCAGAGAGGAAGAUGAGGAAGAGGAAGAAGUUGUGGUGCUGGAUCCUGAGCAUCCUCUAAUGAAGAGAUUCCAGUCUGCAUUGAAAAAAACCCUCAGUAAUCAAGUGGAGAGAUUGAACCUUGAGCUCCGUGAGAAAAUAGUAGCGGAGAAGACAGAGGCUCAGAGGCGCCAUGAGCUUGCUGAAGAGGUAUACAUGGUCCAUAAGAUGUUGGCCAGACUCCAGGCCUCUCUGGAGGCAAGUCAUGAGGCCAGUGCCCAGGCUGUUGCUCAGCGUAGACAGGCCCAAGACCAGCUGGAUGGGGUAAAAAAUCAGUACCAAGAUAUUGCCAGUCGGGCCAAAAAACAACACAUGCAAGUCUCGGAAUUACAGUCUAAAGUGGACAACCUGGCUCUGAAGUUGCUCUACAUGCACGAGGCCAAUAGUGACCUGCGUUCGGACAUCAAAGCAAUAAUAAAUGCUUCACACAAAGUUCAGAAAGAGAGAACUCAGGCAGAGGAGCAAAAAUACCAGCAGGACCUUUAUGUUGAGCGUUUGACCAAGCAUGUGGAAAAGCUCUCAGAGCAGAUCUCUCUGUAUGAGGUUCAGAUCAUUGCUCAGACUGAGCAGACAAAGGCUGCAAAGGAAGCUCUUUCUGAGGCGCAGCUGGAACUGGACUCAGUGACUGUCGAGCGUAGGCAGUUACUCCAGCAAUGGAACAGCAGCCUGUUAAUGAUGAGGAGGAGGGAUGAGGCUUACACUGCCAUGAAUGAAGAACUGAGGCUGGCCAAUGAUCAGGUGCGCUCUCUGGACACAGAGAUUGAGGGCUAUAAAAAGUCCAUUACACAGGAAGAAGAGCAGAAUGAGCUUCUCACUCUGCGUCUGAACCGAGCCCAGAAUGACUGCACCACCUCACGUAAACUCAUCACACACUCCCAGAACCAUCAGGAAGUCCUACAGGCCCAGUACAGCACAUAUACACGAAUGCUGCAGGAGACAGAGAAGACUCUCAGCACAUUGCGUGGGGACCACGAGGUGCGUCAGUCCGAGCUCAAGACUCUCAGGAAGCAGAUGGAGAAAGAGUCUGUAGUGCGUUUGGACCUGGAGGACCAGAUCAUGAACAGACUGCAAGAGCAGCUUACUCACAAUAAUGCGGCAAAGUACUCACGCCGACUGACUGCUAAAACUGCAGCACACAGGAGAGAGAAGGAGGCUCAGUUAACCAGACUGGAGAAUGACAUAAACGCAGUUACGCUGGAGGGGCAAGAGGUGGUGACACAUCUGGAUUCUCUGGUUGCAUUUCAAGCUGAACUUGAGCAAGAAAUGAGCCAGCGACACUUGCUGCUGUCUUCUCGCGAGGCAGAGAUUGCUAAACAAGUCACAGAUAUUGAGCGAAAACAGGCCACGAUCAGCAUCUACAACAAGAAGAUCAAGGAUAUUGUGUCCAGUACUGGGCAUGAAGACCUAGGUCCUCUGGAGAUCCGUGCAGCCACCCUGUCUAAGGAGCUGGAAGAAGUUGGUGCAGAUAUUAAAGAGCAGCAGCAGUUGUGGCUUUGGCAGCAGGGGGAGCUAGUGAGAUUCACUCAGGAAAAACAGGCCCACAGCUCCUCUGUACAGAUCCUACAAACACAACUCACAAUACUGCAACAGAGCAAGAUCAGGAAAGAGAGUGAGAUGGAGCAGGAACAGCGCGAACAGGCAGAUCUGGAUAAACAGAUCAAAGCUCUCAUGGCAGACAUGGUGAAACUGAACUCUUUGCUCAGUAAAAACAGUGAUCUGAAUCAAGCCCUGCAACAGAGCAACAGUCUGAUGGAAACAGAGUUCAGACAGAAACUCAAGGAAGCCGAGAGGGAUUCAGUUGAGACUCAGUUGAAGCUGGAGAGGUUAAAUGAAGAGAAAGAGAGACUUAUCAACAGCCUAGUGGAGGCAGAGCAUCAGAUCAUGCUGUGGGAAAAGAGAACCCAGCUGAUGCGAGAGACUCGCUCUGCCAUAGAUUCAGACAUCGGACAGGGAGACAUUCGAACUAUGAGAGCAGAGAUUCACCGUAUGGAGGUUCGUUAUGCUCAAUUGAUGAAGCAGCAGGAAAAAUUAUUGAGAGACAUGGAGUCAGUGGUGGCCAGACGUGAGACUAUAGCUGUUCGGAGUGAGGCUCAGGCACGAUCCGACCAUAAGCAGCCCACACACAGCGACUACCACAACACUCUCCAGAGCCUCCGCCGAAAGAUUCUCCAAACUAAGAAGCAAGCAGAAGAGUGUGAUGGUGUUAUAGCUCAGCUGGAGGAGAGGCAGGGCUCUAUGACCUCCAGCCUACGAGACAAACAUAUGCAUCUCAGUGACCUGCAGAAUACCAGAGUGGUUCUCACCCAAGACCUCAGUGCACUACAAGAAGCCAAAGAGAGAAAUUUGUCUCGUCUGCCCGUGCUGCAAGGCCGGGUGAAACACCUGCAAGCUGUUAAAGAGGGACGGUACACUCUGGUGGCAAGCGGAGACGCGGCAUUGGAGCUGGCUACACAGAAACAUGAAGAGCGAUUAAAAAUGGUCAGCUCCAUUAUCCAGCAUUUGGCUGAAGAGUACCCUCAGCACCACAGCACUCUCCACAGGAUCAACCUCACAUUGGCAGAACACCUACACAAUGGACUUCAAGGCCGCCAGUGACCACUGAAAUACGUAUUUACAUGAAAUAAAAGACAUGUAUGUACAUAUACUGUAUGUUUGGCAGCUUUUGGCCUGGUUAGUAUGAGGUCUGGUUUAUUAUAAUGACAGCGAUAUAGAGACUGAAUGUCUGUUAUGGUGAGAACUUUUUUUAUCAAGAGGUGGGUGAAUGAUAUCUUUAGAUAUAGAAAAACAGUCCAUAUCAAACUAACUUUUCUGUAUCAGUGUACACACAGUUGCAACCAUAUUUACUUUAAAAAGCAAUGUGAUGGAGUAUCCUAAAUAAAAUCUUUUGAAUAAUUUUCCCUAAAUUUCUCAUAAUUUAAAACUAUGAUUUAAUGAAAUAAAUCUAAAAUUCAUAGGAUAUAUAUAUAUAUAUAUAUAUAUAUAUAUGAUGAGUGUCAGAGCAUCUACAUAAGUGCAAUGGCUUCUAAAAUAACCCUGAAACAAAACUGAAAGCUAAAUUAUAAUAAAUUAGAAGCUCACUGCAAACAAUUUGUUAUAUUAUCAAUAGCUGAAGUGAAACCAGUGAGGCAAAGUGGAGAAAAGCAGAAGCUUGUGAUUUCACAAACCAAUAAAACAAGACUAAUGAUCAGGGGUGGAGCUAAAUUGUCAGCUUGCCCACCCUGUCAGAUCCAUGGAAAUAAAUGUUGUUGUUGUUUUUUUUUUUUUUUUUUUCUCAAUUAUACAAUUUUCUUAACGUUUUACUAUUCCUCAAUAAUUAUUUUAAAUGUGAUUUGUUUUGUCAUGCAUUAGAACUCUAUCCUAACAUGAAUAAAAAUGUGCUUAUUCAUCUCCAGUUACGCCACACCAGUUGUAAUGUUAUGUUGUUUUUGCACCAAUAUCUGGAUUCCAGCUAGCAGCUCCCUUUUUUAUUACAAAAAUGGCUAAACAGCUAUCUAUGACACAUUUAAAAAAAAAAAAAAAAAAAAAAAAAUGGUUAGACAAAGUUGACAGGAUGCCUUAACAACUUGACAUGUUUGUCUUUUGAAAGAUAACUAACAGAUAAUUAGGAUUAUGAAGACAUUAUCAACAUCUUCAAUCCAAAACCUGCCGACAAUAACAUAAAACAUAAAGAAUCUUACUAAUCCCAAACUUUUGAACGGUAUUAUUUACACAUAUAUCAAAUAUAUAAUAUAUCAAAAUUAACAAGAAUAAACACAGAUACAUUUAUACAGGUUUAUUUCAGUAUAAACCUGUUAGAGGCAGUGUUCAGGCAGAGUUCAAGGUGUUGCCCUGGCCUCAAAAUUCCCCAGAUCUCAAUCCAAUUGAGCAUCUGUGGAAUGUGUUGGACCAACAAGUUCGAUCCACCUCCACCUUGCAACCUACAGGACUUACUUGCUGCUAACAUCAUAUUAGGCAGGCGGUCAUAAUGUUUCAGCUCAUCAGUACAUAUAUAUAUAAUGUCCCCACAACGAUGCAAUAACUGAAAUCCUUGUCCUUGUGGGGACAUUUUUUGGUCCCCAUGAGGAAAACAGUUUUUAAGUUAUAGUAAGUAGUAAGUUUUUGAAAAGUCAGUGAAGUUUUCUGUGAUGGGUUGGUUUAGAGAAUAGAAUAUACAGCUUGUACUGUAUAAAAGUCGUUAUGUUUAUGGAAUGUCCCAAUAAAACAUGAAAACCCAA